AUGGCACUCGUUGACAAUAGAAUUGUUAACAGACAAGAUGCUCUAUUAGGGGCAGCACAAGGAAAUUUAGCAUAUGAACCAGGUAAUAAAGUAUUUACGGUUAAUUAUUUAAUCGCAUAUGCUAUUACAAAUAAUACUCAUUCAAUAGAGUAUAAAGAAAAAGAGAAUAUCACAAUGGAAGAUAUAUUCUCAGAAAUUGGAACUGUAGAAGGCAGUAAAUUUACUGAACCAUCACAGUUACAAGAAAAUUGGGCAAUGAAUAUUACGCGAAAUAAAAAGGUUUUACACCAAAGGCCUAGAUAUAGUCUUUCUAAUUCUUUAAGAUUAAGUGAACCUAGUUCAUCUGAAAUCUCUUCUGAUUUAAUGAGAUCAAUGUCUGAAAGAAUAGACAAAUAUGGAGAAAUCCUCAAAGAGGUAGUAGGAAUUUAA